AUGCCGUCCAAAUCCUCGUCCAACAAAAAGGCCGCCUCUGGCUGCGGUUGUCGCUGCUUCACGCUCAAGAACUUGAGCCUCCUCGCGGUUUUCCUGGCCCUGUUCUCUGCCCUGUACAGCUUCCUCGACGCGCGCCUCAACCAGUUCUACAUCUUCGAUCCCGAGCAUCUGCAUGAUCUGUCGCAGCGUGCUAUCAAGGCCCAUGGCGAGGAUACGCGCUCCAUUGUUGACUUUAUCGUCGCUGAGCUGCAGGACAAGGUUGGCGAGAAGUAUCUGAGCACCGAGGAGGAGUGGGUUUUCAACAAUGCUGGCGGCGCUAUGGGCGCGAUGUACGUCAUUCACGCCAGUAUCACCGAGUACCUAAUCAUCUUCGGUACCACCAUCGGCACUGAGGGCCACACCGGCCGCCACACCGCGGACGACUACUUCAACAUCCUGCACGGCGAGCAACUAGCCUACGUCCCCGGAUCCUUCGAGCCCGAGAAGUACCCCGCCGGUACCGUGCACCACCUUGUCCGCGGCGAGGUCAAGCAGUACAAGAUGGACAGCGCGUGCUUCGCCCUCGAGUACGCCCGCGGCUGGAUCCCUCCCAUGCUGUUCUUCGGCUACGCCGAUACCUUUACCAGCACCCUCGACUUCCCCACUUUGUGGGCGACUACCCGCAUUACUGCGCGCGAGAUGGUGGGCAACCUGUUGCAGUUCAAGUUGUAA